AUGUAUGGCGCAGAUAUCACCGUUGAAGAAAACUACGUUGUGUUAGCUUUGGCACAUGAAUUAGUUAAAUCACAAAGUAGAAUUAGAUUAAACAGCAGAACAUCACUCUUCGAUGCACCUCAUGAACAAUCUCAAAUUGUUGCUUCGCUUCUUAGUGCAGAAGAUAGAACAGAUAUUCAACGUAUGUGGAAAACUUCGUUGAACCACUGCCAGGAAAAUCUAAAGUCAGAAAUUAAAGAUGAAAAACCGAAAGGUAUUUUAUUUUCAACAUGUUCCCAGCAUCAUAUGUGUGGAAUAAUCCAAGUGAAGCGACAUAUUAAAUACUUUGAGAUAUUAGAUUUAAUGAGCGAUAGAUGUAUGAGUAAUUUUCCGACUCAUAUGCUAUGGCAGUUCCAUUGGAUUGUUGAUAACAGUAAAAAGCAAAGUCAAGUUGAUUUAUUUCACGUCUUAAAACUAUUCAUGAAACAUUAA